UUUUCUCCCAUGCUGUAGUGGCGUUUGGUCACAGAAAGUUUCCAAGUUUUCGGCCGUUUUCUGAAUCUGGUGCCGUCCGGUGCAAAUGUGGUGACCUGGUUACCUCCCCACCUGCACCCUGAUUCCGGUGGUUUCGUUUGACUCGUUUGCUGAGCUGUCACCGACUGUAUUGUCGAACCCGGUGUGGUACCGUCGUCGUGGUUUUCUUUUGGUGUGUGAUCAGUAGUUCCGAAAGCUGCAUCUCACGUACGCACAGUGCUCCUGAUCGUGAAGUGUCGGUAUAAAUUUCCGUAGUGACAAAGAAAGUUUUGCAGAGCAGCGUAGCCCAACGAAACGCAAAAUGAGUGCCGCUAAUGUCCCCGCCGCCGCCAAUCCAGCACCGCCGCCAGUGCUGAAGAAAGGCAUCGUGAAGCAGAUUCUCUCCGGCGACUCGUUGAUCCUGCGUGAUAAACCCGUGAAUGGACCGCCACGAGAGAAGCAGCUCAAUUUUGCUGGCGUUGUCGCACCCAAGCUUGCCCGCCGACCAGCCAACGGAUCGAGUGACGGUUCCAAGGAUCAAGCUUACGCCUGGGAAUCCCGCGAGUACCUGCGCCAGCGGUUGAUCGGCCAGGAGGUGUGGUUCUACUCGGAAAAGCCGCCGAACGCGACCCGCGAGUAUGGCUACGUCAAGCUGGGCAAGGACCUCAACUCGGAGAACAUCGUUGAGUCGAUCGUAUCCGAAGGUUUGGUAACUGUGAGGCGUGACAGCGUGCGCCAAACGCCCGAACAUGCCCGCCUAAUCGAGCUGGAGGAUGCUGCGCGCCGGGCUCGCAAGGGCCUCUGGAGCGAUGCACCGGAAGGUGAACACGUGCGCAACAUUGUGUGGAACAUCGACAACCCGAAGCAGUUCGUCGAUCAGCACGGUGGCCAACUGAUCAAGGCGAUCAUUGAGCAUGUGCGCGACGGCUCGACGGUGCGUGCCUUCCUCAUGCCGAACCCGCGCGUCUUCCAGCACGUUACGCUCAUGAUGUCCGGCAUCCGCUGUCCCGGGUUCAAGCUGGACGCCGAGGGCAAGCCGGACAACACGACCGAGGUGCCGUACGCCGAGGAGGCCCGCUUCCACGUGGAAAGUCGACUGCUGCAGCGCGACGUUAAGAUUCGGCUCGAAUCGAACAGCAAUACGAACUUCCUCGGAACGAUCCUCUGCCCGGAAGGAAACAUCGCCGAAUCGCUCCUGCGUAACGGGUUUGCCAAGUGCGUUGAGUGGAGCAUACCGUACGUUAAGGAGGGCAUCGACCGAUUGCGUGCCUCGGAACGGGAGGCCAAAGUGGGCCGACUACGGCUGUGGAAGGACUAUAAACCUCCGGCAGCAUUGGCGAACACCAAGGACAAGGAGCUGGUGGGCACGGUGAUGGAGGUGUUCAACGGUGAUGCGGUCUCGGUAAAGGUGGGCACCAUCACGAAGAAGGUGUUCUUCUCCUCGAUCCGGCCACCCCGCCCAAGGGAGGAAGAUGGUCCGCGGGCGAAGAACUCGCGCCCUCUGUACGACAUUCCUUACAUGUUCGAGGCACGUGAAUUCCUGCGCAAGAAGCUGAUUGGCAAACGAGUAACGUGUACGCUCGACUAUGUUGCACCUGCGCGCGAUAACUACCCGGAGAAGUACUGCUACACGGUGCGGUUGGAUGACCAGAACGUCGCUGAAGCAAUGCUGGAGAAGGGUCUAGGCACGGUGAUCAACUAUCGCCAGGACGAUGAGCAGCGCUCGCCCGAAUACGACAAACUGCGCGCCGCACAGGAGCAAGCGAUCAAGGGCCAGAAGGGAAUGCACGCCAAGAAGCAAACCCCGUCGCAUCGAAUCAACGAUCUGACCACGGAUCAUUCCCGCAUCAAGCAUCACUAUCUGCCAUCGUGGCAACGUGCCCUGCGUACCGAGGCGCUCGUUGAGUUCGUGGCGAGCGGAUCCCGCCUGAGGCUCUACUGCCCGAAGGAAAGCUGCCUGGUAACAUUCCUGCUCGCCGGUAUCAGUUGUCGCCGUUCGUCUCGUCCGGCGAUCGGUGGUGCCCCGGCCCAGGAAGCGGAACCGUACGGUGACGAAGCGCUGCAAUUCACCCGCGAGAAGGUGCUGCAGCGAGACGUGAGCGUUAAGAUUGAUACCACCGACAAGCAGGCGACUAGCGUGAUCGGUUGGCUGUUCACCGAGCAUAACAUCAAUCUGUCGGUGGCACUCGUGGAGGAGGGUCUGGCCGAGGUGCACUUCACGGCGGAAAAGUCGGACUACUACCGUGUGCUGCGGGACGCGGAAGCGCGUGCGAAGGCACAGCGGAAGAACAUCUGGAAGGAUUACGUCGAAAAGGCGGCAGUUGAGGAAGAGAAGGACGAGAUUGAAGACACGCCGGAUGUGAACACGCCCGCGGAACGGAAGGUGAAGUACGAGAGUGUGGUCGUGACGGAAGUGACGCCCGAGCUGCAAUUCUACGCCCAGCAUACGGACCAGGGCGCCAAGCUGGAGGAGCUGAUGACGAAGCUGCGCCAGGACUUCAAGGCGAUGCCACCGGUAACGGGCUCGUACGCACCGAGACGUGGCGAUAUGUGUGCGGCCAAGUUCUCCGAGGACGACGAGUGGUACCGUGCGAAGGUGGAGAAGGUAGAGAAGGGUGGUAACGUGUCGAUUCUUUACAUCGAUUACGGUAACCGUGAGAAUGUCCCUUCGACUCGUCUUGCAAUGAUCCCGCCAACCUUUAUCUCGGAGAAACCGUUCGCGCAUCUGUACGUGCCGGCUCUGUUGCUACUGCCGACCGAUCCCGACGAUCGUACUGAAGCCGUGAAAGCGUUCUCGCAGGACGUGCUGAACCGAACGCUCAACAUGAACGUCGAGUAUCGCAUCGCUGGUACUGAGUACGUGACGCUGGUUGAUCCUAGCACGAAGGCCGACAUCGCCGAGGAUCUAAUUGCUGACGGUUACUUGAUCGCGGACAAGAACAAGAAGGAUCGCAGAUUGACCAAGCUGAUUGCGGACUACAAGGAUGCAGAGCAGAAGGCCCGCAAGCAUCAUAAGGGCAUCUGGCAGUACGGUGAUAGCACCGAAGACCAGGCUGGAGAGUUUGGCCUCAGCCGUUAAUGGCGCCGGCCAGCGCUCUCCCAUGCUGUUCAUCCUCAGACAGUUUCGUCCAUUCUCGGUCAUGACGCCCUGCCGUAUUCGUAUGUUCCACCUGUGCGCUGUUACGAUCUACUUUUUACUGUACUGUGAACAACACCUGAUCGUGGCUCUCGAAAUGCAUGAUACAAAGGAUUAUCCUAUCUUUUUGCAUGAAAAGGCAGCCAGUUUGCGUGUGUCGCAAUCGGUUGAAAAGUACGCAUCGUUUAAGAACUGGAAACACCUUUCAUCUAAAACGUACGGCGAGGCUAAUGAUCACGAUCGAUUCGAUGUGUGGCAGUGUGGUAUGAGAGCAGAAAUCUGACGGUUAAACUGUUUGGAUCUCCUCAACACUUAACUCAUGCACGUCAACAAUUGGCAAGAAUUGACGGAACAGGUGGAUGAACGCAUAAAAUGAAUCAUUACACACCUGCCUAUCGAUAUAUAACAGUAAAAAAACAAACAAAAAAAAUCCACAAAAAAAGUACACUAUAUAAUGUGAGUCAAAAAAAAAAGGAGAAAAGGACGAACGCAUGAAGAAGCAACAAUAGGCUUGCUCUGGCGCUUACUGGAAGAACCACUGCCUGUACAUCUUCCAUCAUAUAUGCAACUCCAGCAAGCAUCACCAACACGUGUUCGGGCUAUGACUGAACCGGAAUGCGUUAAUACUCCGCCACACUGGAAACCGUUUCGAAUUCUUUUGAUUUCGAGACGUACCUCCAUUCGCAAAACGGUAGGCAGAGCCCGAUACGUCGAAAGCUACACUUACACUCGAUGUCAAACACAAGGGGACAGCUAUCAACAUGAGACUGGAGCUUCGAAACCCUCGCCAGAGUAGCGGUUGGUCUUUAUGGAACGUUCACAUUUAGCCAUUAGUUUUUGUUUCACUAUUAUGUGUUUAUUUUUACGGUUUACGCGUAACGCAUUACAUCUUCCAUUUGCCUGAUUGUCACAAAGAACCUUUUUUUACUUGUUUUCUUUUGCCGCACUAUCUUUUUUGUCUUGGUUCAA